AUGGAAGUUGAUACACAGACAACGGCUCCGGUGCCGACUGUGCUCCCGCCCAUCGCACAGGGGGGUCCUGGCAUCUUGACGGAGAGCAUGGGGCUUGUUCGCCACGAAAACCAAGAGGUCACUUUGUCCGAGCUACAGGCUCGCCUUUUCUUGCGAGAAGGCGAUGAAUGGGUCAAUUUGGGCAUGGGUAAACUGGUAUUUAGCAUAGGAAAACUAUCAAUGCGAGCCUACAUUGCCGUUGUCUCUAUUCGCUCUCAAACUGUCUUGCUAGAUUUUGCUAUCGCAGAGGCUGGCAAGCGACGUGACAGGCAUGUUUAUGUGAACGCUCCCAAUCCCAAGGCAACAAGCGGAAGCCCACACCCUCGCCUCCACUGUUUCAAGUUCCAAACGGAGAAGCACGCGUUUCAGUUGGAGAAACGUUUAAUGGCACUUGCCAAUCGUGACCCCGUCGCAGCCAUCAGCCGUUACCUACCAUCCCAUAAGACUGCCACACCCGAGCAGAUCCAGCGUGCUCGGGCGAAUUACGCCAGCGCUCGGCUCAAGCAGCUCCAAGAGUCUGGAAUCCACACGAACCAGCUUGAAUUUCCCGACUCGUACGGUCUUCAUUGGGUCAGUCCCGUACGUGCGUCAUCAGCCAAGCCUCGUGUACAUCCAUACGCAACCGUCACCAAAGAACGGAAACCGAGAAAGUCUGAUGCCAAUGCCGACAGUACCGCCAGAGCUCUUGCAGAAGCACUCGCCGCCACCAGUAUCACACCUACUGACCAACUAGAGCGCGGUGACAAUGUACAGUCUUCCAUUUUUGGACCACUUCCUCCUCCGCCUCCGGCCGUCAAAUGGGGUGGUUUCGCCGAGUUUGGUCCCCGUCAUCGCAGUGCAGCAACAAGCAAAGAAAUCACCCCAGACCCGACAACAGAAUCACGUGUAUCACAGGAUUUUGUCACCGCAUUUGCUUCUCAGACGCUCCAAGAUACGGAACAAUCGGACUCUGCCUCUAGUUGA